CUCCACACCUGUAUCUAACACACACGACAAUGCUUGGAAAGAUUGCUCUUGAAGAAGCCUUCGCGCUUCCACGAUUUGAAGAAAAGACCCGAUGGUGGGCUGGCCUGUUCUCCACCGACGUGGACACACAUGUGCGUGAGAUCAACGAUAUCAACAAGAUACGCAUUCAGCAUGCAGACAAGCACGGCGUCGGCUACCAGAUCCUAUCCUACACGGCACCAGGAGUCCAAGACAUCUGGGACCCCGCCGAUGCACACGCCCUGGCUGUUGAGAUCAACGACUACAUUGCUGAGCAAGUCAGCGCGAACCCUGACCGCUUGGGCGCAUUCGCUACCCUCUCCAUGCACGACCCCCAACAAGCAGCAACCGAGCUGCGUCGCUGUGUCGAGAAAUACGGCUUCAAAGGCGUCUUGGUCAACGACACACAACGCGCCGGCCCCGACGGGGACGACAUGAUCUUCUACGACAACGCCAAAUGGGACAUCUUCUGGCAGACCUGCACCGAGCUGGACGUGCCCCUCUAUCUACACCCGCGCAACCCAACGGGCACAAUCUACGACAAGCUCUGGGCCGACCGGAAGUGGCUCGUGGGUCCUCCGCUGAGCUUCGCGCAAGGCGUCAGCCUCCACGUCCUAGGCAUGGUCACCAACGGAGUCUUCGACCGCCACCCCAAGCUGCAGAUCAUCAUGGGUCAUCUGGGCGAGCAUGUCCCGUUCGACAUGUGGCGCAUCAACCACUGGUUCGAGGACCGCAAGAAGCUCCUGGGUCUGGCGGAGACGUGCAAGCGCACUAUCCGCGAGUACUUCGCAGACAAUAUCUGGAUCACUACCUCGGGGCACUUUUCUACUACGACGCUGAACUUCUGUAUGGCGGAGGUGAGCGCCGACCGGAUCUUGUUCUCGAUCGAUUAUCCGUUUGAGACGUUUGCGGAUGCGUGUGACUGGUUUGAUGCUGCGGAGUUGAAUACCGUUGAUCGGUUGAAGAUUGGGCGGGAGAAUGCGAAGAAGUUGUUUAGGCUGGGGCCUUAUAAGGAUAGUUCUGCUUAG